UACUGCGGUCGAGUCCAAACACACAUACGCGCACACACGCGCACACACCGGGGAACGGAGCGGAGAUAACGAGGCAGCACACACACCGCCAGGCUGCGACACACACACACACACACACACACACACACACACACACACACACACACACACACACACACACACACACAAACACCCGGACACGGAGCGGGGGGACGGGGUUUAGUGAGAGUAGUCUCGUGUUGGUGGAUUAACGCGGUGCCCGGUCUCUCUACCCGGACCAGGCCGACUGCAGCUACCCGCACUCCUUUUCCCGCAAAUGGCAAGUCCUGUUUCUGAGGGAGGACCCCCGCAGCAUCAGCACCCCCACCCUGGCCCGGACCCCGUCCCGGACCCCGCGGUCCAGGAGGCUCGGAGAUGGAUCAAGGCCGUGACCGGGAGAAGUUUUGCUGAGCGGGAUUUCAGAGCGGCUCUGGAGAACGGAAUUCUGCUCUGCCAGCUGCUGAGCUGCAUCAGCCCCGGCCUCGUCAAGAAGGUCAACAAACUGCAGACCCACAUCGCUGGCCUGGAGAACCUGUGUGUGUUCCUGAGGGGCUGUGAGGACCUGGGCCUGAAGGGCUCUCAGCUGUUUGACCCCGGAGACCUGCAGGAAACUUCGCCGCGCCCCACCGCCAAGCCGUCAGAAGAAAGCAGGAAGAUAAAUAAUGUCCUGGUGACUCUGUACUGGUUGGGGCGCGCGGCCAACAGCUGCGUGUGGUACAGCGGACCCGCUCUGGACCUGACACAGUUCAGCGGCCUGCUGGCCCAGAUGAGACAGGAGGAGGUCAGCCCAAAGGCCAGCAGCAUCCGGGACAGCGGCUACAUCGACUGCUGGGACUCAGAGCGCAGUGACUCGCUGUCGCCCCCCCGCCACGCCCGGGAGGACUCCUUCGACAGCCUGGACUCCUUGGGCUCGCGCUCCCGCCACACCCCCUCCCCCGACGUCCUGGCGCCCCGCGGCAGCAGCGACGGCCGUGGCUCUGACUCUGAGUCCGACUCCCCGACCCAGCGGAAGGUUCCGGACGUGAGGAAGGACGACAUGCUCGCCCGCCGCACCUCGGUGAGCGAGCCGCGGGCCGCCGUGCCUUUCAACCAAUACCUGCCCACCCGCAGCCAGGCCGCCGCCCACCUGGCUCCCGCCCCCCUCCAGGCCGCCGCCCACCUGCCCCCCCCGGGCCACCUCCCCGGCCCGCUGCGGCGCCGGAGGGGAGACCAGGAGGAGGUGCCGCGUAGCAGCUGGAGCACCACCUCCUCGCCUGUAGGGGGCGACAGACCGCUCAGGAGUGUGAGUAUGAUUGACAUGCGUGGCGAGGAGGUGGGGCUUCAGCCCCACUGCCAGGCACGCCACGAGGGGAUCCACAGCCAGUACCACCGCAUGAAGGACGACGACGACCACUGGCAGGAUGACCUGGCGCGCUGGAAGACGCGGCGGCGCAGUGUGUCUCAGGACCUGAUGAGGAAGGAGGAGGAGAGGAAGAGGAUGGAGCAGCUGAUGUCAGGCGGCGGGGCAUCCGCCCAGCGCAGGAAGAGCAUCAAGACGUACCGCGAGAUCGUGGAGGACAAGGAGCGUCGGGAGGAGGAGCUACGCCUGGCCUAUCGCAGCGCCCGUUCCCCCGAGGAGGCGGCGGUGGUGCUCCAGCGCUACACCCAGCGCUUCUCCAUCAGCGAGGCCGUGAUGGAGCGGCUGCAGCUGCCGAAACUCCUGGACCACGGCCCUGCCUCCCCCCUCUCCCCUCUCUCCCCCCUCGGCCCCGCCCACGACUCCGACGGACCAAUGAGGUUCCUGCGGCAGCAGUCGGCACCGGCGCCUCGCUUCACCGCCACAGUGGAGGCCCGGGUGGAGGAGGUCCCCCGAGGCUCCUCCCCCUCCUCGCCCCCCCACCGCCCGCAGAUUCGCUCGCGGUCCUCGGAGCCCCCUUGCUCACGCGCCCCCCUCUCCCCUGAAGCCGGGCCCCUGCUGAGCCCCCGGCCCCUCCCCAGGGCCCCCGCCUCCCCCUCCAGACCCCGGGGAUCAGGACCCUCUGGAUCUCCAGGACCCUCUGGAUCUCCAGGACCCUCUAGAUCUCCUGGUUCUCCAGGACCCUCAGCAGAACCAGGACCUGUGAGUGGGAAGGCGGACAUUUUGAAGCUCGUCACCGGAGACACAGGAAAUGAUGUCGCCCUCAGCACGCCAACAGAUUCUCCUUCGCACCUCCAACCCUCCCCCUCCCGACCACUGCCUCUCCUCCCCCCUUCACCCACCCCGGCCACGCCUCCCCGGGCCACGCCUCCCCGGGCCACGCCCACCAUGGACACGCCCACAUUGCCCUCGCCCGCCUUGGCCCUGCCUGUCGCCAUCCAGGGGCCUCCACAGCCCGGUCCUGGAGCCCGGAGCCUCGCCCCCCUGGGCCCCGCCCCCCCGGGCAGACCCAGCUCCGCCCCCACGGAGCAAGGGGAGCUGAGAGGAGGCGGAGAAACUGCUGACCAUCUGAAGAGGGAGGAGCCAAAGGCUGAAGCUCCGCCCCCAGAACCUCAGAACACGUCCAUGGAACCGACGCAGACUCCCAAACCAAACACCCCCCCUCUCGUCCAAUCAGAGCCUAGUGUGUGUCUGCAGCCCAGCGGCUCGCUGCCCGAUUGGUCCUACGCAUCAGACGGUCUUCCAGAUGUCUCUGUCUCCCUCGGUUACAGCUCUCCCUCUGCCACCAGAACAGAGCUCCUAAACAGUGUGAGUUCCCGUCGGGAGUUCUUCCUCUCGCCAGAUGGCAAGGAGCAGGGACGCCAUAGCAACGGGCCCCCGGGGACACUCCGAGGGGAGCGGGGGCCCUGGGACCCGGAGGACGAGCGGCGGAGACAGGAGAGGUGGCAGCAGGACCAGGACCGGCUGCUGCAGGAGCAGUAUCUGCGGGAGCAGGAGCGACUGAGGGGGGAGUGGGAGAGAGCCCAGAAGGAGGUGGUGGAGGAGGAGCUGAAGUACCACCAGGAGGAGCGUAAGCUGCUGCAGGAGACUCUGCCCCCCCUCACCUCCCCCCUGCCCUCCCUAGCCUCCCCCCUCGCCUCUCUCCCCUCCCCGCGCCGGGGGAUGCAGAACCCGCGACCGCCACAGGGGGUCGCUGCCCCCUCGCUGAGCAGCUGGGAGAACCAGGAGAGACAGUCGGUUGGAAGUGAAAACUACAGAACGAGUGACAUCAGCACAGCAGACGAUAGCAUGAAGACCGCCAAGAGCUCUUUCAGUCUCAACAGCAGCCAAUCAGAAGCUGUCCACCAGGCUAUGCAAAACGGACAAAAGGCCUUGCCUCAAGCCCCGCCCACAACCAUGGCCCCUGCCAGAAGCCCCGCCCACAGCGAGAAGCAGGAAGAGGUCCUGGACUGUAGCACCCCCAGCAAACCCAAAGGAGACCGCAGGUGCCGUCCUGUUGAGUUAAACUCUAAGCCCCCCCCCUGCCCCGCCCCCAACAGGUCGGUGAGUGGCCGGAAGCUGUGCUCCAGCUGUGGGCGGGCCUUAGGGAAGGGCGCGGCCAUGAUCAUUGAGACGCUCGGACUCUUCUUCCACAUCCAGUGUUUCAAGUGCGGGGUGUGUCGGGGUCUUCUCGGGGACACCACCACGGGAACGGACGUCCGGAUCAGGAACGGACUCCUCAACUGCCACCAGUGCUACAUCCGCUCCCGCUCUGCUGGUCAACCGACCACCUUGUGAUGUACAGGAGACCAAAGAUGUCCUCCUCAUUCACCUCCUCCAAUGGUUCACCUGGUUGGCCCCUCCCUCUGCAGGGCAUGGGCCAAUCAGAACGGGCGGUAAAAGGUUUCAAGACUUGCCAUGUAUAUGUUAUCAUAUAUCUUCAUGAAAUCUCAGCCAAUGGAUGUGACUCCUGCGUGUGACAUCACAGAAUCUCCCCUGUUCGACCAAUCAAGAGACUGCAUCAGAUCUGACCAACGAAUCAACUUCAUGAGGUGUCUGUAAGACCCUCCUUAUAGACAACUGCUCUAUAUAGAGGACCCUUAUAGACAACUGCUCUAUGUGGAUCCUUCUAGAAUACUGCUCUAUAAUACCUUAUAGACUACUGCUAUAUAUGGAUCCUAAUAGACUACUGCUCUAUGAUAGAUCCUUAUAGACUACUGCUCUAUGAGACCGUAUGGACUACUGCUCUAUAGAGGAUCCUCAUAAACUACUGCUCUAUAUGGAUCCUUAUAGACUACUGCUCCAUGAUAGGUCAUUAUAGACUACUGCCCUAUUAAAGGAUCCUUAUAGACUAGUGCUCUAUGAGAGGAUCUUUAUAGACCAUUGCUCUGUAUGGAUCAUUAUAGAAUACUGCUCUAUAGAGGAUCAUUAUAGAAUACUGCUCUAUAGAGGUUCUUUCUAGAGUUGUAGUCCUUAUGUGUCAAAUUCAAAGGUUUUAUUCAAAGGUUUUAUUCCUGGUCCCAAAGAGCAACGUAAAGAUGAGCAGAAAAUAACUGAGUAUAUAAUCACUGGUAUCCAGGUCUUAGAGAUAUUGUUAUUCUAAUCUAGAGGUUUUGAUUUGUAUGUUAAGGAUUUCUUUACGCGUAAACUCUGACUUUGAUUGGCUUUAGUUAAGUGGCUGUUCCUUCUGUCUCCUGAUGAUCCCAACGAGGGACGUCUGAGCUGUGUUUGACCUUUGAACUUUGACCUUUUCACCUUACUGACCCAUGCAGUAAACAGGCCUUGGCUGCGGUAUUUUGCUUGAGAUAAAUAAAUAUUUUGUAUUUAUGAUGAUGCUUCGUCGAUAGAGCAAUAACAUAUUUACCAUUUUUGUUAUUGUAUUACUUUAUAUCAAUAUAAAGCAUAUUUUUAUCCUUAUUAUGGAAUCAUGAUGUACGACUUAUGCAAAUGUCCUGCUCGUUAAACACCACCUGAUUGGCCGGCCGGUCAGCGGGGGACUUAACGAGGAGCGAGUAACGAUGAGCGAGUAACGAGGGGUAACAAGGGGAGAGUAACGAGGAGUGAGUAACGAGGAGAGAGGAGUGAGUAACGAGGGGUAACGAGGGGCGGGUAAUGAGGAGAGAGGAGCGAGUAACGAGGGGCGAGUAACGAGGGGCGAGUAACGAGGGGCGAAUAACGAGGGGCGAGGAGGGUGGAGCGAUAGCGUAAAUGUGCCUUAGGGUUAGCAGGACAGAGCUAGCUGGUCUCUCAGAUCGGGGGGUCCACGCGGAGCCCCCGUCUGGUCGGUCCUGAGGAUUUUCACCCUCAUUUUCACACUAAAGAAAUUGCCGAUAUUAAAUAUUAUUGAAAUGGGUUUCAUUUUAAAUGUUGUUUAAUUGCACCGCAGCUGUUUAUCGUGUUUGUUGAAAUUGCAGAUUUUAAUAUGAUGCCGUUAAAUAUUCAGCCGACGCGUUCGUAUAAUUUAACGGCAGAAGUAAUAUCGGCCGAGCGGCACUCGCACCGCUGGGCUGGGAUCUGUGGCAUCGCGACACAAUCUGGUCGAGAUGUUCUGGUGCUGAGGCUGUAUGCAGAAGCACGUUGAGCCCACACCGAACGGCCCUCCGCUCCCCGUCUCUCCAGUAUUCCUGCGCUCUUACCAUUUGUAUUCUUCUUUAGCUUCUGGUUCGGAUGUUGCUGAGGCUUCUGGGUAGGAUCCGUGGCUGGGAAUGAGCUGGUAUUUAUUGUCUUAUGCACCCGAGGACUUUCCCAAUAGGAGCAGGUCAAAUGCAGCGGAAUUUCUAGCAUAAUGUAUGUUUAUAAAUAAAAUGUUUAAACCAAAA